CAAUUUUGAUGAGCAUCGUGUACAGCGGCCCCGGACCGACGACGCUGGCGACGACGCCGGUCGUGCUCAACACGUGGCCCUUUACGGCGGCGACCGACCGCGCGUACGCAGAGCUGCUGCGGCCCGAUCGCUCGGCCCUCGACGCCAUCGAAGAGGGCUGCAACAUCUGCGAGGUGGCGCAGUGCGACUUUACCGUCGGCUACGGCGGGAGUCCCGACAGCAGCGGCGAGACGACGCUCGACGCCAUGAUCAUGGACGGCGCCGACCAGUCGAUGGGCGCGGUCGCGUGCCUUCGCCGGGUCAAGGACGCGAUCCGCGUCGCUCGGCGCGUGCUCACGCACUCGUCGCACUCGCUUCUCGCAGGGGACGGCGCGCUCGCCUUUGCCAAGAUGAUGGGCUUCCGCGAAGAGUCGCUGGCGACCCCGUACUCGACCAAGCUGUACCUGGAGUGGCAAGCGAACCGCUGCCAGCCCAACUACUACCGCAACGUGGUCAACCAGUCGACAGCCUGCCCGCCGUACACGCCUGCGUCGGUCGACCUCGCGCGACCAGCCUCUGAAAGCUGGAUUGACGCCUUCAACCACGAUACCAUCGGCAUGGUGGUGCUGAGCAGCGCUGGCCAUCUCGCCUCGGGCACGAGCUCAAACGGCGCCAACCACAAGAUUGCAGGCCGAGUGGGUGACGCACCGAUCCCUGGUGCUGGCUCGUACGCCGACAGCACCAAGGGCGCAGCGGCAGCCACGGGCGACGGCGACGUCAUGAUGCGCUUUCUGCCAACAUACCAGGCGGUGCAGGACAUGGGCAAUGGCGUGCACCCUCAAGUGGCCUGUGAGAUGGCGUUGCGGCGUAUCGCGGCCAAGGCGCCAGCGUUCAAAGGCGGGAUCGUCUGCUUGAAUCCAGCAGGCGUCUAUGGCGCAGCAGGGUUUGGCUGGACGUUUUCGUACGCGGUGCGCACGCCAGGCAUGGAGGCCACGCGGGUCAUUUCCGUGGAUCCGAUCACGGUCGUCUAG